UCCUCAGUCGUGUUGCUACACAGCACAAUGACACAGAGCCAGUCUUCCUGGUGAGGGCAGGCCAGGCUAAUGCUACCACAGCAGAAAGAAGGAACCACAUACAACUUGGAGCUUGUGAGUGUGAGUCAUAUCAGGUUUGGACAGACAAAGAAUAAGGCAUUCCUGGAGGAGGUUUGUCAGACAACACACCAGGGCUUUUAUUUUGACGGUUGGAAGCUGAAGUGCUGUCGCCUGCUGCUCGCUGCCUUGACUCUGACUGAGAGUCUGGUAACUGCAUAAAAAUGGAGUGUCAGUGUGACAAGGAUGGGGAUGUUGUGCCAGGCUGGUGGCUGGGCGGCAACAGCUUCCAGAUGGGAGGUUUUGCCGUGGUCGGAUAUCUUCUCUACAGAUUCUCUCAGACGCUCCCUGCUCUGAUCCGAUGGCCCAUUCGUAUCUUCUGCUCUUUAACUGGUCUGUCAGCUCUCUGGGGCUGGGUGAGCCACCUCGUGCGAACACUGCGUGGUAUCAAGAGGGUAUUCAAAUUCCUGUCCUCAGUGUGGCGGUUUAUCGCAGGAUCAUCCACAGAUGGAGACAUGGGAAAUCCCAGCAGUAAACCAGGCUUGAGGUUGAUCCUCAUUGGGCCAACUGGUGGAGGACGGACCACCUUGCUUAAUACUUUGCUAGGCAACAGUGACACAAAUGCACCAAAGGGCCACCUUUUAAAUUGCACCAAGCAAAUGACAGUAUUGGACGGUAGAGAGGUUACACUGAUCGACACCCCGGAUAUUCUUGGGUCAUCACUGGGGAUCAACAGAAGAGCCAGGGAGGCUUUAAGGAGCCUUCAGCUAGUGGGUCCUGGACCACACGCCUUCCUGCUGGUAGUCCAGGCUCCAGGCUCCAGCAUGGGGAUCGGCCACGACGCUAACCAGGCGGUGCAAGCCAUGCUAGAGCUGUUUGGGGAGGGGGUCGUUGGGCACAUCAUCCCAGUGCUCACCCAUGCAGACAGGCUGGAUGGGAGGCUCACUGUGGAUCAUCUGCUGGAAGUGGACUCAGGGGGUCUGAGAAGGGUUGUGUCUCUGUGCGGCCAGAAGCCUGAGCUGGUGGACAACGGGCCAGACUGCCCCCUGGAGGCACAGAGUGAGACGCGCAGGCAGCUGGUGGGGCGGGUGAUGGAGCUGAUGGAGCUGAAGGGGCAGUUCGUCCACGAGCUGCAGAGGAGGGAGGACCGGAUCAAGGAGGAGCUGCUGAAUGACAUGGCCUCUGCACUGGCAGGAAAACUGGGACACAUGUGAAUGAAAUGUCUGAAACAGUUACUAAGGCAGUGGGUAAAAUAAGGACAAGAGAUUAAUUUGUGUGUUAAACAUUCUAUUUUAACUGUAAGUGUAAGGUUGAUUCCCUGUCUGAGGUAUUUUUCUCCCCCUGCUGGUUUACCCUUGUCCAAAUGAAUUUACUACUCAUGGUGGCCGGUUGGUUUUCAACAUGACACAGAUGCUUGUGGUUGAAACUCAUGGUCACACAAACUUAAUUUUCCUAUUCUGAUGUGUUGAAAUUCUUGAAUGUCUGCAUAUUGUUCAGUGUGAGACUGUGCCUCAUGUUUUCAUACUCUGCUCCUGUGCCGAGCCCUCCUCUAUCUUCUAUAAUGUAUAAAGGAUAUGAAACUUUAAAGACGAUCGGGGAAAUAAACUGAAGUCACAUUGGGA